CCUCUGCUGUCGCAGCUUUUGAACGUCACAGGUCCACUCUUGUCUAAGCUGGAGUGGCUGACAUGAAUGACACUCUGGAAUUCAAUGAAAUUUAUCAGGAGGUUAAGGGCACCUGGAAUGAUGGGCGUCUUCGCUUCAGUAAGCAGACAGUGGUGUAUAAAAACAGUAAGACUGGGAAGGUGGACAGCAUUCCGGUGCCCGAACUCACUCAAGCCCAGUGGAGGAGAGUCUGUCUGGGUCACGGCAUCAAACUGUGCACCAGCACUGGAAACAUCUACAAAUAUGAUGGCUUCAAAGACACUGACCUUGAGAAGAUCUCAGAGUACUUCAAAGCCAACUACAAAGUGGACCUGAUUGAGAAAGAUAUGUGUGUGAAGGGCUGGAAUUGGGGCACUGCUAAAUUUAAUGGGCCGUUGCUUUCAUUUGAGGUGAAUGAAAGUUCUGCAUUUGAGAUUCCGCUCGCCAGUGUAUCCCAGUGUGCCACGGGAAAGAAUGAGGUCACUAUGGAGUUUCAUCAGAAUGAUGACACAGAGGUAUCCCUCAUGGAGGUGCGCUUCUACGUCCCACCCACCACGGGAGACGAGGGUUCAGACCCUGUGGAGGCAUUUGCUCAGAACAUUCUGUCAAAGGCAGAUGUCAUCCAGGCUACAGGAGAUGCUGUGUGUAUCUUCAGAGAGUUACAGUGCCUCACACCUAGGGGCAGGUACGAUAUUCGUAUUUAUCCGACUUUCCUCCAUCUGCAUGGUAAGACUUUUGACUACAAGAUCCCAUACACCACAGUGCUCCGCCUUUUCCUGUUGCCUCAUAAGGACCAGCGGCAGAUGUUCUUUGUGAUCAGUCUGGACCCGCCCAUUAAACAAGGUCAAACCCGCUAUCAUUUUCUCAUUCUUCUGUUUUCCAAGGAAGAGGAAAUCAGCCUCACUCUCAAUAUGAACGAGGAUGAGGUGGAGAGACGUUUUGAAGGGAAACUUCAUAAAAACAUGUCUGGCUCUCUCUAUGAGAUGGUCAGCAGAGUCAUGAAGGCCCUGGUCAAUAGGAAGAUCACAGUGCCUGGAAAUUUCCAAGGUCACUCAGGUGCUCAGUGUAUAACAUGUUCAUAUAAGGCCAGUUCAGGGCUGUUGUAUCCUCUGGAAAGAGGUUUCAUCUAUGUGCACAAGCCCCCAGUGCACCUGCGCUUUGAGGAGAUCUCCUGCGUGAACUUUGCUCGUGGUACCACCACCACCCGCUCCUUUGAUUUCGAGAUUGAGACCAAGCAGGGAAAUCAAUACACCUUCAGCAGCAUCGAGAGGGAGGAAUAUGGGAAGCUCUUUGACUUCGUCAAUGCUAAGAAGUUAAGCAUCAAGAACAGAGGCUUCAAAGAGAAAAAGGGCAUGAAACGUAAUGAUAACAUGUACAGUGACUCAGAUGACGACCAGCAUGAUGCAUACCUGGAGCGCAUGAAAGAAGAGGGCAAGAUCCGUGAAGAGGCCAAUGACAGUGACGACUCAGAGGGCGAAAGUGAUGAGUCUUUUAAUCCUGGAGAAGAAGAUGAUGAAAUCGCAGAGGAGUAUGACAGUAAGGCCUCUGCCAGUGAAAGCAGCGCUGAUGACGGGGACAGUGAUGGCGAUCGGAAGAAGAAACCAACCAAGAAAGCUAAAUUUGUAAAAGAAAGAAAACCAAGAAAGAAAGAGAAAAAGGCAAAGGACAGCAGCGCCCCCAAGAGGCCAAUGAGUGCCUACAUGCUCUGGCUGAACUCUAGCAGAGACCGCAUUAAAUCAGAGAACCCGGGCAUCUCUGUCACAGAAAUCUCCAAAAAGGCUGGGGAAAUGUGGAAACAACUUAGCAAAGAGAAGAAAGAGGUGUGGGAUGCAAAAGCAGAAGAAGCAAAGAAAGAGUAUGAUCGAGCGAUGAGAGAGUACAAGGAGAGUGGUGGAGGAUCCUCAGGCAGCUCAAAAAAGGAGAGGAAAAAGAAAGGAGGGAAGAAUGAAGAAAAGAAGAAAAGGAAGUCAGGUGGUGGUAGGGAAAAAGAGAAAGAGCGAGCUACAGGCAACGACAGCUUUAAGAGUCGAGAGUUCAUAUCCAGCGAGGAGAGCUCGUCAGAGUCAGACAAAGGCAAGGGAAGGAAGCGCAAGGGGUCUGAUGAUGAAGAGGAAGUGGUCAGUACACCGCCUAGCUCUGAAGAGUCUGGCUCAGACUAACAGACACAUUAAAAGGGGAGUGGAAGAAAACACUAUUUCACUUUCAUCAUUGUGGUGUACCUGAUGAAAUCCUGAUACACUACAUAUUACAGCAUAAGAUCGUUAAGUUUUGUUUUAGUUUGUCAAGACUUUCAUAAAUGCUUGUGUACAUACCUUUGGUAGUGUUGAACUUAAUGGAAUAGUUUGCCCGGAAAUGAAAAUGCUGUCAUCAUUUACUCACCAUCGUGUUGUUCCAAACCCAUAGGACUUUUU